CGAGCGCGGCCCACUGGAGAAGGUAACGAAUGUUUAUAACCGUGCCGUUUCUAAAAUAACAAGGUUGGGAGUCUAAUUUUUGCUCGAUUCUGUGCUCUAACGUUGGUUCCACAUUAUCCCCACAAGUUUAGAUCACUUCAAUCGUGAAAUAUUGUCCUAGCGAGCCACGUGCGCUGUCCCUCGCAAGAAACUUGCCCAAAACAGCAUCCAGAAUGAACAAGCUCUCUGAUUGGCCGAGAGGCCUUGUCGGGAAGGAAGUUUCGCCACUCGCGCUGAGGCAGUUGGUCGUCAGGAGUCGAGGUGUGUUGCUGUUUGCUAGCUCUCUCGUUUUAUUGUCCCAACGUUUCGGAAUGGCCCGUACGAAGCAGACCGCCCGCAAGAGCACGGGAGGAAAAGCACCGUGCAAGCAGCUGGCUACGAAGGCCGCCCGGAAGAGUGCUCCUGCAACCGGUGGAGUCAAGAAGCCGCAUCGCUACAGGCCGGGCACGGUCGCGCUGCGUGAGAUUCGUCGUUACCAGAAGUCGACUGAGCUGCUCAUCCGCAAGCUGCCCUUCCAGAGGCUAGUGCGGGAGAUCGCGCAAGAUUUCAAGACGGACCUCCGCUUCCAGAGCUCGGCUGUAAUGGCCCUGCAGGAGGCCAGCGAGGCCUACUUGGUCGGUCUCUUCGAAGACACCAACCUCUGUGCCAUCCACGCCAAGCGGGUAACCAUCAUGCCUAAGGACAUCCAGCUGGCUCGUCGCAUCCGCGGUGAACGCGCUUAAUGUCGCUUCUUUGGAAGCGGCAGGCAACGCCACAAAAACGGCCCUCUUCAGGGCCACAUCAGACAUGCUUUUCGGACAUGUGUAAAGCGACGUCCUCCCGUGUCUCAAUCUCCGAUGCUGACUUGUUCCAAGUGCAGGAGUUCAAAAGCUGUGAGUACUUUCUAUUUAUUCUCCCAUUUUGAACUAGUUUGCAUUGUGCCAAGUGCUCCGUUCGCAGUUGCUUCCAACGAUUCCUUCAUGUGUUC